ACAUAUCCCAGGAUGCAUCGCGGGUAGACAAUAUCCGUAAAACCGUGAUGUCUGGUCAUUGAGAAGACCUGACGGCUACUGGACGGACUCUUAGAACUUGUCUUCAUACAAUAUUAUUGAGAACCAUGCUGCUUCGUAAAUUGAGUCAGUCCUCCGCACUGUGCGGCUCCAUUCUCCGGAUCCCUCCCGGGCUGUCUCGAGGUCAGCGUCAUGCCGGGGCCGUCGUUGCUGUACAAAACCCCCGUCUCUACGCGAGCCAAGCCGCGGAGGCGGUGCUGGAGAAGACGGCCGCAGUCGGCAGUGACGCUGCUGCUAAAGUGGACAAGACGGUUUCUACUGAAUCCAAAUCAUACGCCGUCAACAUUUUCAAGGGGCAGGUCGCGACUGCCCAGGUUUUCCCCUUCCCCUCAGCCCUGAAUGAAGAGCAGGAGCAGUUCCUCAGAGAGCUUGUGGGGCCCGUCGACAAAUUCUUUUUGGAAGUGAACGAUGCCGCCAAGAACGACUCCUUGGAGAAGGUCGAGGACGACACCAUGCAGGGCCUGAAGGAGAUGGGCGCCUUUGGCCUGCAGGUGCCCUCUGACCUCGGCGGCCUCGGCCUCUCAAACACACAGUACGCCCGGCUGGUCGAGAUCGUCGGCACCUACGACCUCGGCGUCGGCAUCACGCUGGGAGCCCACCAGUCCAUCGGCUUCAAGGGCAUUCUGCUCUUUGGGAAUCCGGCCCAGAAGGCGAAGUACCUCCCCAAGCUCGCCACGGCCGAGACUAUCGCAGCCUUCUGCCUCACCGAACCAGCCAGCGGCUCCGACGCCGCCUCCAUCAAGACCACAGCUGUUCAGUCGCCGUGCGGCAAGUUCUUCACUCUCAACGGGAGCAAGAUCUGGAUCAGCAACGGAGGUCUGGCUGAGAUCUUCACGGUGUUCGCCAAGACACCCAUGAAGGACCCCAAGACGGGGGAGAUGAAGGACAAGAUCUCUGCCUUCGUGGUGGAGAGGAGCUUCGGAGGAGUGACGAGUGGCCCCCCAGAGAAGAAAAUGGGCAUCAAGGCGUCGAACACGGCCGAGGUCUACUUUGACAACGUCCGCGUGCCGGCUGACUGCCUGCUGGGCGAGCUGGGCGAAGGCUUCAAGGUGGCCAUGAACAUCCUGAACAACGGGCGCUUUGGCAUGGCCGCCGCCCUCUCCGGCACCAUGAAGGGAGUCAUCAGCAAAGCUGUGGACCACGCCGCCAACAGAACCCAGUUUGGCAACAAGAUCCACAACUACGGCGUCAUCCAGGAGAAGGUGGCCCGCAUGGCCAUGCUGCAGUACGUCACAGAGUCGAUGGCGUACAUGAUCAGCGGCAACAUGGACAGCGGCGCCAAGGAAUUCCAGAUCGAGGCGGCCAUCAGCAAGAUCUUUGCCUCUGAGGCUGCGUGGACCGUGACUGACGAGUGCGUUCAGAUUAUGGGCGGCAUGGGUUACAUGAAGGACACCGGCUUGGAGAGAGUGAUGAGGGAUCUGAGGAUUUUCCGAAUCUUCGAGGGCACCAACGACAUCCUGAGGCUCUUCGUGGCGCUCAAUGGCUUCCAGAACGCUGGUAACCAGUUGAAGAGCUUACAGAAGGCCCUGAAGAACCCCAUCGGCAACGCCGGGAUGCUCGCCGGAGAAAUCACCAAGAGAGUCAAAAGAAAGGCCGGUCUGAGCACAGGUCUCACUCUGCAGGGAGCGGUCCACCCCGAGCUGGCUCACAGCGGAGAACUGACCACUAAGGCCAUCGAACAGUUCGGAGGGGUCACCGAGGAGCUGCUGCUCAAACACGGGAAGAAGAUCAUUGAUGAACAAUUUGUCCUGAGCAGAGUUGCAGACUGUGCCAUCGACCUUUACGCCAUGGUGGUGGUUCUGUCCAGGGCUUCGCGCGCUCUGAGUCAGGGCAGCGCCACGGCUCAGCAUGAGAAGAUGCUGUGUGACACGUGGUGUGUGGAGGCCCACGACAGGAUCCUGAGAGACAUCAAGUCGCUGCGCUCCAGUCAGUCGGGUCAGCUCUUCAAGAACAUGCGCGCCAUCUCUGCCGCCGUGGUGGAGAACGGUGGCGUGGUGGCUCCUCCCGCUCUGGGUUUCUAGACGCACCCUGUGUACCUCUGUCUCUGUCUCCGUCUCCUCACCCUCCUGCAGGGUCCUGCACACUUGAGUUCUCUCGGACGCCAUGAAUCAAAGUCGUCAUAAUCGCUCCGUCGGCUCCACUCGGGGAAUUUUGACGUCUUUUGUUAACCGGUUUCUGUCAUUUCAUCUGUUUCAUCUGUUUAAUGGCAACUUGUGAAUGAAUCGAUGCGACGGAAAGAAACGGGCUGAUGACUGAAUGCAUCCAGUUUGUCGGCUCAGCUUCCAACCGCAGCGUCUACUUUGAAUCUUGGCCUUCAAGACCGGUUUAAUGCGUUGACUGGUUAUGGUGUUAUUUCGGUCCCUUUUUUUUUUUUUUUUUAGUAGAAAACUAAAAACGUGAAUGCAGCUUAGAGAUCAAGAGGCCAGUUGACAGAGGAUCUAAUAAUAGGUUUUUUUAGCUCUUCACACGCAGUUAUUUAAGAUGACAGAGCGAUUAACACCCGUAUCUGGAUUGUGUUCAAAUGUGUAUAUAAUGUCGUGUUUGUGUACUUGAAUGCCUUUCUGCAGGUCGAUCGCUCGGCACAGAAACGUUAAAUGUCGCAAGCAAAACUUUUGCCUUGGAAGCCGGUUUGCGGGACGUCUGUUCAACGAAAGAAUGUGUCGUACAAUAAACGCGCCCGCUGGUGCGUUCUGCUGCGUCAUUAAAAGCAACUUAAAUUAAGAUCUGCACGUUCUCGCCUCGCACGGUGGCUCUUAAUUUAGAAAUCUUUUGUCUGAACAUGUGAUCAAAUGCCGCUCGUGUCGUCUGGUGCCAUUGUAUGCGUAGAUCUAUUUUGAGCCUUCUUGGUUUGCAACACGCCUACCGGUCGGGACUAAUAAACAAAGUGCCCAUUGA